AUGUCGACCCCUGAAAACCCUGGAAAUUCCAGUUCCAACUCCGAAAUGGAGAACAAUCCAAACUCUGAAACCGACUCUACUUCCGGUUCACUGGGCACGGCCAAGCCACCGAGCCCAUCUGCUGUUUGCCUCAUCAGUUUCGCCGCCGACUCAGCCGGCGGUGCUGUCAUGGGCUCCAUCUUUGGCUUCGGUGCUGGAUUGAUUAGGAAGAAGGGUUUCAAAGGUUCGCUUGCGGAGGCGGGGUCUUCUGCCAAGACAUUUGCACUUUUCUCGGGCGUGCACCGUUUAGUUUUAUGCUUUUUGAAGAGAUUACGGGGAAAAGAUGAUGCCAUAAAUGCAGGAGUGGCUGGAUGUUGCACCGGACUUGCUCUAAGCGUUCCUGGUACUCCACAAAAUCUGCUCCAAAGCUGCCUGGCGUAUGGGGCUUUCUCGUUUAUACUCGAAGGUCUUAACAAGCAACAACCAGCACUUGCUUCCCCAUUUGCAAUGAGUGUCAAGAAGCAACACUAUGGUGUGCUUCCCCCUUUGUCACUCCCUCUCCCGAAUGAGCUCAACGAGUCGUUUUCAUCAUUUUGUCGUUCCUUUAGAAAAUGA